UGAGUCUGUGCUCCAGCCUCUUCUUCAUUUUUAGGGAAGAAAGCUCGGACUUUCGAUCUCGAAGCCAUGUUUGAGCAAACAAGAAGAACUGCGGUGGAGAGGAGCAGGAAGGUCCUGGAGGCUCGUGAAAGAGAGAAGGAAGAGCAGGCUGAAAAAGAUCUUAGAAGUUCAUGCAGCAAUUCAUCAACUUCAGCAUCCGAUGCAAAAUGCACUGGAAUGACAUCAACCCAAAGGGGUAAAGUCUGUAGUGAAAGUGAAAAUAGUUCAGAUGAAGAAUUAACUGGGCCUUGCAAGCAAUCCCCGACCUCUGCUCAAGGUCCAGCGGAGGAUACUGAUGAUGAAGAAGACUUUAUUGGGCCACCACUUCCGCCUGGGUUCAAGGAUAGUGAUGACGAUAAAGAUGAUGAUACAGAGGAGGAAGAUAACAACCCUGUCAAGAAAAUUCCAGAUUCUCAUGAAAUUACACUACAACAUGGGACAAAAGCAGUUUCUGCUUUGGGGUUGGAUCCUUCAGGUGCCCGUUUGAUAACUGGUGGAUAUGACUAUGAUGUUAAAUUUUGGGAUUUUGCUGGAAUGGAUGCUUCUCUGCAAGCUUUUCGGUCACUCCAGCCAUGCGAAUGUCAUCAAAUCAGAUCUUUACAGUAUAGCAGCACAGGAGAUGUCAUUCUCGUUGUCUCUGGUAACUCUCAGGCAAAAGUUCUUGACAGAGAUGGCUUCCCAGUAAUGGAAUGCAUAAAAGGAGACCAGUACAUUGUGGAUAUGACAAACACAAAGGGUCACACAGCAAUGCUCAAUUCAGGCUGUUGGCAUCCAAAGAUAAAGGAAGAAUUUUUAACAUGUUCUAAUGAUGGGUGAGUAUUGAGGUCUGUCUUUGUCAGGGUUUUUUUAGACUUCUGUGUUUUAAUAUUGUGCUCUAAUAACUUGCUUUAAAUAUCAUCCUUUUAAAUCUAGAGAAAGUACUCAAGACAACAUUUGGUAGAGAUCUGGAAGCAAAAAUUUUAUGUGACUGGCAGUGUUCUGUCUAGAGAGAAGAGGUCUAAAUGGGGAUAGGAU